AUGAGCUGUGAAGGUGUGUGUUUGGAGGAAGAAUCCCUCAAUUACAUCCCUCACUGGAACGGUAUUUCAGGAUCGCUGUGGUUAAUGGCCAUCCCACAGCUGCAAACAUCUGUCCUGUCAGUCAAUGCUUCACACAGUCUGAUUGGCUGUGAUGUAGAUCAGUACAACCGUCUCAGCCAAUCAGAGGCGAGGACUCCACGCAACGCUGCCGGGCAGCAGCAGCAGCAGCAGCAGCAGCAUUCGCUGGGCGAGCAGGAAGGAGGGCGUCUCUGCUAUGCGUCUGCUGAGAGUCUGGAGAGCAUGGCCGACGCUGAGCUCCCUCUGGGCUUCAGUCGCUCAAACAUUCUCAGACAAAGCCUGCCGCUGGCCCGAUCACCCAGCCAGGCCAAACUAAGAGCUCCAGCGGUGUUAUUCCUUCAGUUUGGGGAUGAAACGCGGCGCGUGCACAUCACUCAUGAGUUGACUAGUAUGGAGACGCUGCACGCGCUCAUCGUGCACAUGUUCCCUCAGAAGCUGACGAUGGGCGCGCUGCGCUCCCCCGCCACGGCUCUGCUCAUGAAGGACGAGGCUCGCAACAUCUUUUACGAACUGGAGGACCCUCGUGACAUCCACGACCGAUGCCUCAUCAAGAUUUACUACAGAGACGCGCAUUAUACCCCACAACACACGCAGCACCCCGUACACCACGGCCACAUCGCCAACGGAGACCUGCGCAGAGAGCUUGUGUACACCUCGAGGGAAUCGUCUCCCACGCGCCGUUUAAACCCGAUGCCGUCUUCCGCUUCACCCUCUGGCUCUCCUUCACGCUCGCAAUCUCGUCUUUCUUACUCGGGCGGGCGUCCUUCCUCUUACGCGGGUCCCCAUCCGUCACCCCAGAUGCACCCUUAUCAGCACCAACACCACGGCCACCCCCCUCAGCAGACUGGCCACCCCCACCCUGCAUUUUGCCCCUCCCCCAGCGCUAUCCUGGAGCGCCGUGACGUGAAACCGGAUGAGGAAAUCACGUCGUCGUCGAAGAGCAUGGUGCUCCUUAAAAACGAAGCAAUAUAUGCAGACCCGUACGCGCUCGUGCAGGACCCUCGGCUCAGUGUGGCCUCGUCGCAGGCCCUGGCAUACCGCCGCGGCUCUGUCCGCUCCAUCGCCGGCUACCCUGCUGCUGCGUUACAGUGUGAGCUUGAGGGCGCCCUCUACAGACCCGGAGGACACAUAUAUGCAGAUCCGUACGCCACUAUGGGUUUCCGCACCCUGCCCCCAGCCUCACCACAAAAACUGUCUGAUGGCAGGGAUCCGUACGGAAGCCACCCGGGUCGAGCAUCCCCUGGCAGACACGGGUUCCGUAAAGAUGGAACUGUAUACAUAGAGAGCCCUAAAAAUCGUCCGGGAGGGCCGCCUAUGGAUCAGAUAUGUAUGAUUGGGGGCCCUGGAACCGACGGAGGGCCAGUGCCAGUUUACAGCCCAGCAUUACCUGGCAAUGAAGAAACCAGAGAGCGUAUGGAGGCCAUGGAGAAGCAGAUAGCCAGUCUGACUGGUCUGGUUCAGAGUGUUUUAACCCGUGGACCGGACAGCCCUGAUAAGACAGAAACAGCGAGUGACUGCUCUGCUCCUGAAACUGGCAGGUUUAGAAAGAAAAAAGUCUCGUCCCCGUCUGCGCCCCUGGCCCUGAUGCCACCCCCGCCCACUGGAGAGUCUCUACCAAUAGCGAUGUCCCGUUCCCAAAUGCAGCUGCAUCUCAGCGACCUGCAGCAACACACCAGCGAACUGCGCAAAAAACUGUCAGAACUGCGACAACUGCAGAUGCAGAAUCAAGAUUCUGUUCAGGCAUUACUAAGACAGACAGAGUCUGAUUUGGGAAUGUGUCUGAUCGAGGCGUCUCGGACGCAGGAAGAUCCGUUACAGCGCCAGCGCCUUCUUGUGGAGGAGGAGAGGCUUCGCUAUCUUAAUGAAGAAGAACUUAUUAUACAACAACUACACGAUCUUGAGCGCUCUGUGGAAGAGAUGAAGGCAGGGGCGGGGCUAAACCAUCAUCUGGUGACGGAACAGGAAAUAGAACAGAAGAGUUUGGAACUCAGAAGACUCGGAGAGACGGUAGCUGAACUCAAGAAUCAGUUCCCCACUUUGCAAAGUAAGAUGCGUGUGGUGUUGAGGGUGGAGGUGGAAGCUGUCAAGUUUCUUAAAGAGGAACCGCUCAGACUGGAGGCGUUGUUGAAACGUUGCAGAAGCAUCACCAAUACGCUUGCUCUGCUGCGCAGGCAGGUGUCUGAAGGUGUGUGGAGAACCCCGGAUGACUUCAGUAGUUCGGUUUCAAGCAUGAGGGAGGCGGAUUUCAGCCGUUGCUCGGAUCUGGAUAUUCUCACCAGCCCGUCUCUAAAUCUGCCAGACCUGGCGGGCACCUUAUCGGUCGCCACCACUCUCUCCGCAUGCUUGGGUACUAAUACCACCCUGGGGGCAAAUCCCAGCCUGACUAGUGCUUCCAUUAUUGGGGGAACCACAAGUCUAUCUAACAUACUCAGCUCCACUGUUGGUCCCUGUAUGAGCGGCAGUGGGAUUUUGGGCAGUACCACACUGGGCAACUGGUUGGCCUCAGCCGGGGCAACAGAUUCGAUCAUGCCUGAACUGGACGGGACCUCAACAAUAAGGACGGGCGGGCUGGAAGAUCUGCCCUCACGCAGAGAAUCUGAUAAAGGUGUUUCCGUGGAGGUCCGACUGGCCGCCGAGCGAGACUGGGAGGAAAAGAGAGCCAGUUUAACUCAGUUCAGCGCUCAGGACAUCAACCGUCUGCUGGAGGAAACGCAAGCUGAAUUAAUGAAGGCCAUUCCUGACCUGGACUUCGCCGCCAAGCAGAUCACCAAACCGGCCGUUCCUCCGAAACCUCAGAUGUCUUCUCUCCCGGCACCCGGUUCAGCGUCCUCAACCCCGACCUUAACACCUGAACACCAGCCCAAAACUCCACCCAAACCCCCCAGCAAAGACGGCAUCCCGCGCAGGGGAUCAGGAGAGUUGACCGUGCCACGGUAUCGAACAGAAAAGCUGUCCAAGUCUCCGCCCCCUCCACCUCCCAGAAGAAGUUUCCCAUCAGGCCUUGGGCUCACGACCAGCAGCAGCGGAGAAGUUAUCACCAUAAACAAGAGCGUUAAGAAGUUAGAGAAAAGUGAGAACAAAGAGGAUUCCGAUGUAGCGACUAACUCUCAGACGCCACCCGUCAAACUGAGACGGCCCUCGACCUCAGACGGACCCCGACCCUCCUCCACACCUCCGGUCAUCGCCGCUUCCGGAAUGAAAGAAGAUGAAGACGAGGAUGAGAGGAUAAUGGCCGAGCUGGAGGCAUUUCAGAGAACCCCAGUGAAAGAGCUCACGGCUCAGGUCUUCUCUGACAGGGUUGACAGGACAGGCCAGUGGAUCAACAGCUCUCUGUGGAGAGAGUCUGUAGGAACUCCUCCGGGCUCAGUUAAACUGGUUCAGCCGUCCUCCGUGGCCCGUCUGCGUCAUCUCCAGCAGAGCAGCCUGGAGCGUCAGACCCGGAAACAACAGGAAGAGUUUCCUAAACUUCAGCAGGGUCAGCAGCAGAAACUCAUCUGGUGACACUGAUGGCAGAGAAAGUAAAACCUUCAGCUGUGAGGAGGAAAUUUCCACUGAAUAAUGCACACAAGCGACUGAACAAGAAGAGGAAACAAUGUACAGUGUUGUACAGUCUCAUCAGGCCAGACGGCUCGCAAAGUCAGCGUUCCCCUAAUGUAUCCCAAAUGAAAGUGAAGAGAGAAGGAACAUUUGGGUGGAAAGAAAGGUUGAAAGAGACAAGACAGAGAGUGGAUUCAUGCCUCGUCUACAGGUUGCUCUGAUUCUCUCUCUCUCUUUCCUUCAUCUGGUGUCUCUCUCCCUCCUGCAGGGUGAAGCUGUAGGCUAUUAACUAGCCGUAAGCUUCUGAGUUAGCCGUCUUUCUGUUGUUUCACUGUGAAAAUGAAUAAGAAAAAAGCACAUUGUGUGCAAGAUACCAAUUCAGAUAUAUACUGAGCCUUACUGUGUGGCAUUCACUUUGAACACAAAAUGAGAUUUAUGAAAGGAUUUUUGAGCUGUGGAUGUUGACCACUUUCAGUUUGUUUCUCACACGGAUUCAGGAAUACCUAUUACUGAAAUGAUGUGUGUUUGGGUUCGUUUUAAACAGAAUGAGGUUUAGUAAAUGAGGGUUUCGUUUUCGCCUUUUAGACAUUUUUUUUUAAAACUGAAGGAACUAAACAGAACGAGAGAUGUUGUAAGGAGUUUCAUCCAUCAAUCAAUCAUCAUGCGGUCUGGGUAGAUUGCAGUCCGUGUAUUGUUGUCAGAGUUACCCAUCACACAGACUGAAAGAAUUUAAUGGACAAUCACCGUGGCAACCACAAGAGGCGAGUAUGUGAAUCCUGAAUCCUGACACAAUUUUUAAGGUCCACAUGAAGUCACGGCAAUGUUUGACAUUGAGAAGAUAUAAGAGUUCAAAACAUACAGGUCCUCGCUUUUUCCAAAGUGGAUAAAGGAUUCUGUCGUCAUUCUGCACUUUAGCGUCUCAUCAGAUUCCGGGCGGUGAGGGAAACUAAACCCACUGUAGGCUGUUGACGCCAACCAUCCUUUUGCAUUUUAAUGCAUUUCUGUAAAAAAUAUUCGAACAUUCUUUAGUCUCACAAGCUUGUGAUUUAUUCACCACACGUUGUAUCCGUUUAUAGGAUGUAAUGUCAAUGCGGUGUGCAUAGUAAUCCAUGCAUACAAAUGAUGUGUACAGUAUCCUACUACAAAAAUAUUUCAAAGACUUUGAAAUAUAUUCCUAUAGAUUGGAAUAUGACAUAUAAUAGAAAUUUAGGUAUUUUUAGGAAUAAAGAAAUCUAUAGAUUCACUGAACACUUUAAUACUAGUGUUAAAGGGGUCAUAUGGCGCGAAUCCGUGUUUUUCUUUGUCUUUGGUGUGUUUCUGUAUUAGACAAGUAAAAUGGCAAAAAAUGAAAGUGUGUGAACAAAAGAUUCUAUCUAAAAGCAAACGCUCACCCUGACCUGCCUGAAACCACUCCCACAAAUCUACAUCAGUUGGUGGUCUGAUUUGACUAAGACCACCCAAAUGUAAACGCAAGUAAGGUGGUGUACCUGUCAGUACAAUUGAAGAGGAACCUGAUGUUCCAAAUAUAGUCAGAGGCGUUAUAUGCCCGUCACACGCUUUCAGUAUUCCACCAAUCACAACGCACCGGAUAACUGGCCAAUCAGAGCACACCUCGCUUUUCAGAGAGGCGGAGCAAAGAGGAGAUAAAAACAUGCACGGUAUGUGGAGUAUACACGUUUUUAACAAUAAUACAACAAUAAUAUUACUUUUAGCCGUGUCAUGUGACCCCUUUAAACCAGAGAGCAAUUUGUUGAGGCCACAGGAAACAGGGACUUUUAUCUUUGUUUUUGUACUCCAACACAUUGCAUGUUUUACACUACAACCCUUUCUUUUUUCGUACAUGGAUUGCGCACCUCCAGACAGUUGUCUUGAUCAGAGUCGACAGCGGAUCAGUUUUGUUUUCUAGUGCAAUGAGUCUACGGUCUGAACCACAACAGGAGACAACAGGUUUCCCCGUCAUCAGUCCGUGUCGAACCACCCCGGCUUUGUUCCCAGGCAAAGAUGUGGAUAAUUUGGCAUGCCGUAGUGUCUGACGGACCAGUCUGCUCGGGCUUAAUGGGAGGUCUGUGGCAUGAAUAUGUCAUCGGGACAGUUUGGCGCAUCGAGCAGCGGCUCCGUAAAGAUUCCGUUUGAAGGGAUUAUUUCUUCUUAAAAGGUCAAAUUGUUUGUUGGCCCCCGAGUGCCAAGGAGCAUGUGAAUAGUGAGUGGAUGUGUCAUUUUGUUUGUAUCUUGAGGGUUUCCCAGGACGUCGCUGUUGAUGUUUAAUAAGGUGAACUAAAUCCCGCUUGUAGAGAAGCUCUCGGCCCUGAACACUGUAAGAAGCAGCCGGCUGGAAAAAUGAUUCAGCCUGUCGUUCUCAUCGCUGUUCUUGACUUCUUGAUUCAAAACUUCAUCUGCAAAUAAUGACUUUAUCAGGGAGAAACUAAUCCUGACUGUCAAGAGAAGAUAAACGAUUCAUAAUGAGGUGAAAAACAGAAAUGCUGCUAAUAGAGCUGGUUAAUGAAACGCUGUUACACAACAGAUGCCACUUUGUGUCCUUAUAAUGCGAUAUGACAAGUUAUUUGUUGAACGUGAAAAUGCUGCAGUACAAAAACAGCCUAUUCAUAUCCAAUAUACUGAUUCAGUUCAGUCAGCGAGGUUUCACUGUGGGCGGGGCUACCGAGUGUGACGCGUGCUUUUAUUGGCUCUUUAAUGUCGUGCCCUUCACAGGUCAACUUUAGAUCAAACUUGUCCACAUCAACCUGUACUCAGUCACAGUGUUAAUAGCAAGAAAAGGUCAUCUCUAUUCUACUUUGAUGUUAAAUGAAUAAUCUGGACAUGCAGUAUAUGUCCCCUUUUUUGUCUCUAGGCCACGACCGCGUUUAAGUGUCACGAAGCUAAUACAUAAAAAAACAUACUUUUACAUACAUAAUGUUUAUAAUAAAUGUACUUUGCAGAAUUAAAGUUAUAUGUUUUGAGAAAAGUCAAAGUUACGAGAAUGAAGUCGUGGCAAUAUGUCAUAUUUGGUUUCAUUGUUGCAACAUCUCGUAUUUUUAAUUAGAAAAAAAUCCUGAUUUAUUCCCGUUAUUUGACUUUAUUUAAAUCACACAACUUUUUGAUCUUGAUAUCAUUUUUGCGUGACACUAAACAUCAUACAUGUAACUACUGUAAGUAAAAUAUUAAGAAACACUGCCUUCUUGUGACUAUUACAGGUAAAUCAAAACCACCAAAGUAAAAAAAUACAGUUCCCUCUUAAUCUAUGCGUUGCUUAAUGUAUUCAGGAGCAUUAGUUGAAACAUUCAAUCAGCUCAACAGAAAGAUUUCAUUGCAAGUAUUGAUUUUAUCUUUGUUUUUCUCUCUUUUAUCCACCGACCUGUCCUAACUUGCUUGUAUCUGAUCCUCAGUCGACCCUCUCCUGACCUCACGCUGAAGUUAUCUACAGUACAUACACUAGAGCACCAUAAAUAUGGCCGACAUCAGUCUCUCGUAAACUCUUACAGUAAGAGAGACGUAACACUCUUCCCUUCAAAAUAUUUUAAUCUGGGUUGCAUGAAAUAUCUGAAACAAUGGGAAUUUAAGGUUGUUUAGGAUAUAAGAAUAAAAAACAGACAUGGUGACCUCUUUAUUCUAACACAAGAAGACGUUUGUUUAUGUAUAACCAUCCACUUUACCUUUCUACCUCAAAUUGUCCUGUAAAUGUUGUUGGCAUGUUGACCAUCAGCCUUGAGUUCUGCCAUCCUCAGUGUCCCUACAUGCCCCUUUUAACCCGACAUUUGACCCUGUUCAAGGUGCACGUACACUAAUUGGCAACGAUGACCCUGGGAAUCAAGGAGAACCCCCAAAUCCCACAUGGAUUGUCCACGACUAAAGCACAAUGUAUCUGACAUUACAGAAGAGCUUUGACAAAGGUACGAAUCUAAGGUUACGGUUCUGUUCUCUACACUAGGCAAGAAACGUCAAAUGGUACAAUAAUGCUGAAAUGAGUUUUAGACCCACGUUUGAAUUGCUAAUUGCGUAGAAAUAAUUGUCUAGAUGUUCUGCAAUUCUAGAGUCGUAGCACAACUAAAAACAGUAAUCGUACUAUACGUGACGAGUGAAACUCUCAAUUGAUAAGAAAUUCAAAAUCAAGUAUAAACUAGAUUUUUAUUCAAGAUUAGCUUUUGUAUUUUUAUAAGCAAAAGAAAGAGAAUGUGUUAGAAUAGUGUGACUAAAUUCACGUGGGGUACAUGCCUUAUCCAAAUUCAUGUCCAAACGAUGCUCGGGAAUCUAUAUGCAUCAAAAGAUCCGUGUUUCCCCCAGUGCAAUCAGAAGUGUGACUGUGAAUUUACUCCAUUUUACAGCGCAUUUCAUCAUACAUGCAAACAUACGUGUGAAGCACUUUGUGUCACUGAACUGAACAUGAAAAAGCAGAUGAUGCUGAACCAAACCUCUCAUAAUGAACGCAAAGGGUUUAUAUGGUAUACAACGGCUCCACUGCCAUCGUCCUUCCUCACUUUAAGCAAAAGAUGUUGUAUGUAAACCUGUAUAUUAUUAUGAAAAAAGAGGUUGAUGCUUUAGUGAUGGUGUCCAUCAGAAGCCCGGUACAUACCUCAUUUUUUCUUUGUGACUUGAUAUGGAAAAGAAACCCAAACUCUCUGAGCACCAUGAGCUGUGUUAACAUACUGCUAUAUGUACAAAGCAACAGUGUAUCUGUGUACCUGUAUAUAAACUGUAUCAUGGAUAUGUUCAUUUAAGGUAUUUUUUGUAAUCUUUUUUAUUUGAACUAUGUCACGAGACUUCUGAACUGCAUGCAGAGAUCUUGAAGUGCGCAUGCAGAAUCUUCUCUCUGUACGUUUUGUUAAAGUGUGUAAGAUAGGUGGCUUUCUGUAUUUAAAAAGAGAAACUUUUUUUAAGAAAUAGAGUUCUAUGUAAGUAGAUCAGAUCCUUUUCACUGUUGUCUUUAAUCUAUAACAAACCAUUCAACCAUUCCAAACCUCUUUGGCGCCGGCCAGUAGAUUCAACAAAAAAACACUUUUCAUUAAUGCAACAGAUAAAAUGUAUAUAUCCAUUUAUCUGUUGACAAAUUCUUGUGAUCAAACCAUAACGAUACAAGUGUGAAUGCAAUGUCGACCAAUAGAAAUAUAUCUCUAUGGAAAUGUUAUAAUGCAGAAGUUGUAAUCAUGUUGAUAAAACCUUGUCUGGUUCUGUAUGUACAAGAGACUGUUGGUUUUGAAUGUCCUUGUGGUGUUUUGUGACUAUUAAAGUGAGUAUCUUCUA